AUGGAAACAAAUCAAAAUGAAACAUGGUCAGUCAUGCUUAAUCCACAGCCAAAUGAUAUCCAACAAGGUUAUCUUGGAAAUUGUUGGCUCAUGGCUGCUUUGGCGCUUGUUACUCAACGUCCUCGUAUGCUAUCACAUAUUCUCCUAACAUCAACAGUGAAUGAUCAAGUUUCAAAUAUAAAGCCAUUAGGUUUCAAUGUUCAAGGAACAUGGCAAAUGAGUGGUGUUAAUCGAGCAAUGAGAUUACACAAAUAUCAUGAUAAAGAAUAUUUUACGGUACACAAAGAUGCACAAUAUGCACCUAGUGGUGAUGAACGAUCAUUACUAAGUUUAAUUAUUUAUUUGAAUGAUGACUUUGAAGAAGGAUUAACAAUUAAGGAAGAAAUCGAAGCUUAUGGUGGUCUAGAUCAUGGUUAUGAAUGCAUUACAAUAAAACCAAAAAAGGGUCAUGCUAUUCUAUUUACACAUAAUCUUUUACAUGAAGCUGUAGUACCGGAAACAAAUAAUUCUAAUGAUAUCAAAGAACGUAUCGUACUACGAACUGAUAUACUUGUUCAACGAAAAGAAAAACCAUUAGGAUUUGCAGUAAGUCAGGAAGAAAGGGAUGAUUAUUAUGCAUAUUUAAAUUUUUUUCGUGAAGCACAACAAAAUGAAUUGAAAAUAUGUAAAGGUUUGAAUAAAUCGGUAAAUAAUAUUGAUAUUGGAGAAUUAUAUGAACGUUCAUUAUCUAUUCGAUAUUGUUAUCCACGUUUACUUGAAUUAAAGUCAAGAGAAUCAACGAUGGAUUUAGACGAACAAAAAUCAUUGAUCGAGCAAUUACCAACUGAAAUGUGGCUUUCCAUAUUCAAACAUUUAGAUAAACAAGAUAUUCAACAUUUAAUAUUUGCUUUUCCUGAUUUUCAGUUGCUGAAAGUUGUUUGGGAAGCUCAAGAAUUAAAAAAUUUUGAACAAGACACAUCUCGGCCGAAAUUUAUUCCAACAAUCGAUACUCAGUAUGGUAGUCAAACAUUAUUUCGAUUCACGGAUUCGAAUUUUUUCAAUCAACAUAUUAAUCAAUGUUGUCGUGUUGUAGCUGUUUAUGCUUUCUUUCUAUUAGGACACGGCAAAGACGCGACAACUUAUACUGUGCAUUAUGAUCGAAAUACACAUGAAGUAUGUGAAGUGGACAUGAAAAAAAUUCUGUCAGAUGUAUUUUAUAAUCAAAAUUGUUAUGGUUCUCUCUAUCGAGUUGUUCAAAAAGACAAAAAAGAACGACAGCCAAUGAUCGAUUUGGAUCAUAGUGUUGAUCGUACUUACAUGACAAAUCGACAUCAAUCACAGUUUAUUGAACAAGAUCUACUUUCGCGUUUUCAUUUUAAGAUGAAAAUGGUUUAUGAAUCUAAAGACAAAGAACGAAGUUGGAAGAGAUUUGGGUAUGAAUCAGAUCGUAAACUCGAUAUUCUUUACCUCCAACGGAAACAUGCUUUAUGUGAUCAAAGCGCACUUGUUGGUCCAUAUGAAGCUCCGAGUCGUUAUGAGAAACAUUUUUAUACGUCAGAUGCGACAAUAUACUCAAGAAAUGAUACAAUCGGUUAUCAUGAACAAUUAUUGGGGCAGAUCGAGCCAAACUCCGGUGUAAGUCUAUGUCGAAUGCUUGCUGCGAAAGAUCAUGUCACGAAAGAAUUUCUUUGUGAUUGUUCACUAUUUACUACAGAUAUAAAUGAAGUUAAGGAUUUAAUCGUUUGUUAUAAUCAGCUUAUAUUUGAUUUCGAUACGCAUCAAUUGGCUGUUGAACAUUUAUAUGAUAAAAUGCCACAUGAUCUUGAUGUAAGGACACCCUCUUGGUACUACGGGUCUCUGUUGUACCGUUGUGUUCGAAAAUUACAAGAUUCAAUGCCACAAGCAAAUCCUAUUUCAUUCUGUCGGGUUAAUAUUGAAAAGUUGGCAGAAGAAAUAAAAGGUUUCAAUCAUGCAUCGUGUCAAUGCUCAUAUCCAGCAAUAAAAGACAAUCAAUUUUCAUUCCUUGACUAUACAUAUUUGUCACAUGUUGACUUAGCUAUUGUUAAAAAUAACGAUCAUGUAUUUGUUUUGGCGGUUUAUGGUGGAGUCGCCGCUUUAUGA